UACCCCGAUUUCCGCCGCGCAUUCGUGAAACGGCAUCAAGCUUGUCGAUACUACGCCAUUUUUCCUGCCACACAAAAGUCCAAAAACCGAACGUACCACCCCAUCGAUACAAAUACCGAUGAUGCGCCCACUGCCGGUGCUGGUGCCGGCGCUGCUGGCGUGCUGCUUCCCGUGGUCACUGUGGCCGCGAUGCACCGCGUUCAUGGUAACGGACGUCGAGCAUCCCGAACCGUCGUUCGCCAGCCGGAUGGAGCUGUUCGAGCACGUGUUGCUCAACGACGACCGGUGGUUUCAGGUGCUCAAGGAGAAGGUGAAUGUGGACAAGGUCCGGGUGCGCUACGAGGAGACGGAUAACAACAAGAAGGUCCUGGACGACCACUUUCGACUGGUGGAAGAAGGCCUCAAGGAGACGACGGCUCUGGCCGUGCUACAGAAACUGAUGGACCAGUGCCCGUGGUCGGGGACGUGCGUCAACUACACCGCGUCCGUGCUGAGCAACGCGUUCACUUGUCACACGUACAACAACAUGGCGUUCGUGUUGUCGCGGUUAAAGGAAGUCGACACCACGGCGCGCAACAAUAUGGAAGUGGGCACAAAGCACGAAAGGCUCGACGAUAUGCUGGAAGACGUGCGCAUGACGUUCGAAGUGUUCAUGGACAAGAUGGCCGUGGUGGAUGGCGAUCUAAAAGUGUUGUCCAGCGGGUUGUACGACUACGACAGCGGGCACGAGGAAGGCAGCGACAUCGUGCAGAUAAACGUGCUCGAGGCUUUGCUGAAAGAGGUAGACGAAAAGUUGGCCGAUGACUGUCACAAGACCUCCGAAGAAGAAAUAAUCGGGUACAUGAAACAGUGCUACACCGCCCAGAUCGGCGAACACCAGAGUCUGGACGCCGCGCUGACGGAUUUCAAUAAUCUCAUCAGCUGCGUGAUAGAAAUAUAUGACUUGUUUAACGUUCAAACGAUGCCCAUGGAGACUUGGUUACGAGUUCUCGAGUACAGAGUACCGAUCAGUAAAAAAAUAAACUUGUUUGUGGACGAUAAGGCGUAUGAGAGAACUCGCGAAAGUGCAAUGUCAGAGCGAUUGAAAGCCGCAAUAAAACAGGCAAGAACAGAAGAAUCGGAGGAACAGGCUGCACUUAAAAAAAUAAAAAAGAAAGAGAAGAAAGAGGAGAAAUUAAAGAAAAAAGCCUUAAAGGAAAAACUAAAACUCGAGGAAAAACAGUCUAGUAGUAAACCACCGGAAGAAAUUGAAGAAACACAAGGAUAAAAAAUAUGUUUUAAGCAUGUGAUUGGCAUGUGUAGUCACAUUAAGUUUAUUAAUUAUAUUUAUUUAGUCAUAUAGUAUUUAGUAUUUAUAUAAAUUAAUUUAUAUAUAUAUAUGUACACUAUACAUUAUAUAGUAAGUAUAAGCAAUAAAUAUUGAAUUCUACUGUGUAAGCGAAAUCAUUUUAUCGAAAUAUAAUAGCAUCCGUGUUCCGUA